UAGCAACGCUGUACUUAGCAACCUAACUUCUGAGCGGGACGACGAGCACGUGGAAUCGCGGUGAAGCCGUCUGUUUGCAGAGUUAGUGAUAGCCGGCCAUGUCGGAGGAGAACCAGACAGAGGUGGAGGAGGUAGUGACAGCUGCAGCAGAGGGAAGGGAAGGAUCUACUGACGUUGAGCAUGACACUGGGCACCAGACUACAAAAGGGGAGGUGGAAGAAGAGGUAGAGGUAGGAGAGGAGAAGGCUGCGGGGACAGAUGAAGCUGGAGAGACAGCUAGAGAGCCAGAGGGUCCUGGUGAAGAGGUUAGCAGGCCAGCCAUUGCUCACAUUAGGGAGAAGUCUUGAUCCAUUUUGACAGGAGGUGAAUGCACCAACUAGUGUUGGGGAGACCAAAGAUGGAGGGGCACAUGGGGAGGAGAGGGGAGAGGAAGAAAAGGAGAUCAGCUACAACUACGAUGAGCUGAAGUCUGGACCUGAAGUUGUGAACAUAUCAGAAAACAUCUACCUUGAGCUACAUCACUCAUUUGGUUAUGAGUGUCAGAAGAGAAGCAAUCUGGUUGUUCUGGACAAGUCCACGGUAGCCUUCUCAGCAGGGAACAUGGUGGAGUUCCUGCACCUCUCCUCCAUGAACCAACACUGUCUCCGCAGCCUUGGGGGAGGAGGGAUCGGAGCCCUCGCCGCCCACCCCUCCAGACACUACCUGGCAGUUGGGGAGAAAGGGACACAGCCUGUCAUUGCCAUCUUCACCUUUCCUGAGCUGGGACUCCACAGAAUCCUCAGAGGAGGGACGGAGGAGGCGUACAGUCACAUGGAUUUCUCUGGAGAAGGGGAUCUGUUGGCGUCUGUCGGAGGCCACCCUGACUUCAUGCUGACUGUCUGGGACUGGAAGAAGGAGAGCAUCGUCCUCCGAUACAAGGCCUUUUCGCAGGAUGUCUUCCGAGUCAGUUUCUCUCCCGAGGACCCUGGCCAGCUGACCACCUCUGGCACUGGACACAUUAGGUUCUGGAAGAUGGCCAGCACAUUCACAGGCCUGAAACUGCAGGGCCAGCUGGGCAAGUUUGGUCGCACCGAGCUCUCUGACAUUGCUGCCUAUGUGGAGCUGCCAGAUGGGAAGGUCCUAUCGGGAACCGAGUGGGGGAACCUUCUCCUGUGGGAUGGAGGGUUCAUCAAGGUCGAGAUCUCCCGCAAGAACAUGAAGUUCUGUCACCAGGGUAUGAUAGAAGCUCUGUUCCUGGAUGAUGGAGAGCUCAUCUCUGCUGGAGCUGAUGGCUACAUUAGGGUUUGGGACUUUGAGACCAUCGACAAUGCCGAUAUCACUGAUGAGAAUGCAGCGUUUGAGAUGGACCCUCUGACUGAGAUCAGAGUGGGUCAUGAUGUGAGUCUAAAGACGCUGGCACGGAGUGCGGACCCAGACACACCCACUCUCUGGUAUGCCCAGGAUGCAGCUGGUGCCAUCUGGAGAGUUGACAUCACCUCUUCACACACUAGACAGUCUCCGGAGAAGCUGGCCAGCUACCACAGUGGGCCAGUCAGAGGUCUGGACACCUCUCCUUCUGGCCACCAAGCUGCUUCCAUCGGACACAACGGCUCCGUUAGGGUUUAUGAUCUGGACUCCAAGGAGCUACUGUGCCACACUCCAUUUUCAGGGGGCGGGGCCAGCCUCAUUUGGGCCCCGCCCACUGUCGAGACUCCCUCCACUACCAUCUUAGCUGGUUUCAGAGACGGCAUUCUGAGAGUGCUGCACGUCGAGCAGAGCAAGAAGAGAGAGGGAGGGUUCCAGCUGACCCUCCAACAUGCCUGCAAACCUCACUCCCAGCCCAUCACCUGUCUAGCUGUCCAUCCUCAUGGAGAAAUUCUCGCGACCGGGAGUGCCGACUGCACGGUGUUCUUCCUGCACAUAUCGGAGAAGUACAGUCCAAUUGGCUUCAUUAGGACUCCAUCACCUGUCACUUCACUUCAUUGGUCCGCAAAUAGAGAGGGAGGUGGUAAGCUGGUGGCCUGCUGUGAAGACGGUAGUAUGGUAGAGACGGGGUCUCCUCUGGAUGGAGACUAUGACACCAGCAAAUCCUUCUACCUUCAGCCUCUCCCCUGCCUCGUCAGAACCUUUACCUCCAUCAAAGACAGGCUGAGGGCAGAGGAGGAGGAGGCUCGGCAAGUGGCAGAGAGGGAGAAGAAGAGGAGAGAGAAAGAGGCGGCCAAGCAGCGACGGAAGGAACAGAUGGGAGACGACUAUGUCUCUGAAGAGGAAGAGGUAGACGAAGAGGGGGAGGGAGGAGAGGAGGCGGAGGUGGAGGAGGAAGAGGAAGAGAAACCACAAGGCCCAAGUCCAAUUUUGUCAACUCUGCCUGCGGGGGAGAGAGGAUUCUGGGUGUCGAUGGGGGGCUAUGAUGCUGGGUACCUCUACCAAUGUUCAAUGGAGGGGGCAAAAUCAGAACCCCAGCUUUAUGAAGCCCAAAACACCAUUCCCAUUCCAGCCUAUGAUGGGAGGGACCUCCCCCUACACUCCAUGUGUCUGAGUUCCUCAGGACGCUACCUGUUGACUGGCUCUAGUAAUGGUGUGGUGAGGAUCAACCGUCUCACUGCCCCUCUCUCCUCCUCCUCAUCCUCUCUGGGGUCCUACUGGGCUCUCGGUGUCCAUGACAACCACAACGGAGCAGUUACUCAUCUCUCCACCACAUGCGACGGUCGUUACGUCAUCAGUGGAGGAGCUGACGGUAACAUCUUCGUCUUCUCCACCCAUCUCCCAGCUGAGACCACACCCACUGCUACAACACCCUCUCUUGAGGUUCAGUCGCCAACCAAACCAGCCAGAGACAUAGAAGACCCCAAUCACUACAGUAUUGAGGAUGCCAAACAAAAGGCUGAGCACGACCGCCAACUAAAGCAGGCAGAGAUGAAGAAAAACAGUGUGAGGAAAGAGGUUGGGAGGCUACGACGGACUUUCCUGCAGCUGGUCCAGCGAAACGUGCAGCUACCUCUUCCCCUGCAAUUGGCAGCUGAUGAGUUUAUCAUGGACCCCAGUCUGGAGGCUGGCAUGAGAGAGAGGGCCCAGCAACAAGUAUGGCAGUUCUAGGGGGAAAUUGAAAUGAGGGAAAGAUGACAGUUUGAAGAGGGAAAAUUUGGCGCUAGAUAGGGGAGAAGAUUAGAAAAUACAAAGAAAGAUAAUAAGUGGAGUAACGUAAUGAGAUGACAAAAACUAGGAG